GAUACCGCAGCCUGGAGCCGCACAGCCGUAAGCGAGGCUUGGAGCAGAUAAUCCGGAGGAGAGCCGGUUUCAGCACCGCGAGCAUUCAACAGCUCCCGAGCGCUGCAUGCAAGCCACACUCAGCGGAACAGCGUUGAAAAGAGAAUAAGCACAAAUUAAUGAAUUCUUAGUUUUUUUAUAUUCAGAAAUUCUUUUAGGCGGAAACUCAAAAGGCGUAAACUAUUCGCAGUCAUUUUUGAGAAUGGCGUCUAAGUGCAUAACAUUCUUCUUCCUCCAGAUUUUCGCUAUAAGCGUGUAUCAGAUCUGUACCUUUCCCACACCUAACGUGCCUGACGAUAAAACAAUCCACAUCCGAGAACUGAAUGAGGAGAGACCUUUGCAAGAACAGAUGGCAGAAGCGGACCGUGUAAGCGAGAGUAAAUCUGUAGGCAACAAGCGGCAGACUGAGCCAAGGGCGCCGCACACGGACUUGGGAAAGGAUGACUUCAGGAUGCUAAAAUCUCUGCUAGACAAGUCAAAGGUGUCUGACAGUGAAGCCCCCGCGGACGAAACUGUCGGCAGAAACUACUUUCCUGACGAUUCAGACUCAAAGAACAGGCGGCUGGCCGAAAACUACGAUUCUACCAAGAGUGACGUGGCGUACAAGUACGAAGAUGACCCAGACAGUUUCCGUACAAUUGAUGGCACCCCACUGACGGCCAAGGACAUUGUGCAGAAGAUCGCAGCCAAAAUAUAUGAGGAAGAUGACAGGGGGGUGUUCGACAGGAUUGUGUCCAAACUCCUGAAACUGGGACUGAUCACAGAGAGCCAAGCAGAAACUCUGGAAUACGAGGUGGCAGAAGUCCUGCAGGAUCUCAUUUCCAAGAAUGCCAGGGAAAACGAGGUGGAGGACCGCAGCAUGGAGUACCCCGUCGCCAGGGAAGAAGACGAUGAAGUGGAGGAAGACCCUGAGGAAGCAGUGGAAAAUUCUGACAGGAACUUUGAGGAAGUACCAGACAUGGAGGAUGGUGAGGAAGCUGUUGAAGGUGUGGAAAACACCUGGAAGCUUCCCACCGAGCUGGACCGUAGGAGUCAGCUGGCUGCGGACAGUGGGCUUGAGGACCUGCAGUACUUCCCCAAUUUCUACAACCUCCUUAAAAGCCUCGAUUCAGAGGAGGAUGCAGAAGAGAGAAAAACACUCAUCACCAUCAUGAAGACCCUGAUUGACUUCGUGAAGAUGAUGGUCAAGUACGGUACUAUCACACCCGAAGAAGGAGUGUCGUACCUGGAAAACCUGGACACAAUGAUCGCUGUCCAGACGAAGAACAAACUGGGGAAGUCACUGGUCACCCCUGACAUCCAGGCACCCACUGUGAAACCCAACAGCGUGGUGGACAGCACGAAGGAGGAGACCACCAAGAUACAGAAAGUAUAUGAACCUCUGAGAGACACAGCCAAGGACAACCAGGCGCUGGCUGAGACAGAUAACUCUGGCAGGUCAGAAUCCUACCUCGAAGCCAUCAGAAAGAACAUUGCCUGGCUCAAAAAACAUGAUAAAGAAGGCAACAAGGAAGAUUACGACCUACCCAAACUGAGGGACUUCAUGGACCGGCAGGUGGAGACCUACAUCAACAAGGGCAUCCUGGGGACGGAUGAGGGUGAGGUCAUCAAGAGGAUUUACAGCAGCCUGUAGACUCGACCAACCUGUACCCAGGCACAGAGGCAAAAAAAACGUUAAGUCAUGUAUGUGGUGAGAAUAAAUGUAGGCAAAAAAAUAUUUAAUCAAAGAAACUAAGUCACUGUUUCCAGUGGCUUUCCCUUACAUUUCUAAAACCAUCUAAACUUUAAAGAACAUUGCAAUAACAUUAAGGCUUCUGUCAAAGGCAUUUUCAGUGUGAGAGCCACUAAUACUAUUUACAAAUAGAGUAUCAGACCAGCUGAGUGCUAUAACUGUUACAACACAGGGCAUGGCUGAACUCUCUCUUUCACCGUUUAUAACAACUGGAAUUGUAACAAGUCGCAAACUGCUUGUCUAGAGAAUAGCUUUUGCAUUACAUACGUUUUCAUACGAAACAUCUGAUCAUCAAAGUGUUUACCUGUUGUAAUUUGUCUUCUGUUCUAGGAUUUAUCAUUUCAUGUCUAUUUUUGUUUUAAUUGUAUUAUGGGUGUUAUGUUAAAAAAAAAAAAAAAAAAAUCUCAUUCAAACUGACCUUCAUUUCGUUUCCAUGGAACAGUCCUGCAGGAUUGUGUGAUUCACGUUCCUCCCUGCAUGGGAUUCCAGUCUCUCUCACGCCGUUUUUACACAUUUUUCUGCGCGCCUUUAUAGCAUGAGUUUAAUAGAUGCAUACCGGGGAAGUGAUUUUCAUUAUGAACGUCUGC